GUUAACUGGAACCUGUCCCCUUUCCGUCCCGGCUUCCCCUGUCCCUUAGGGGGAGAGAGAAGGAAAACCUCACACGCACGCUUUACAGGAAACACUAUCUGGCUGUGGACUGGCAGUCAUGGCGUAGGCGUGGCUAUCACAAGUAGGAGGGACGGCUGGGCGACUCCCAUUGCCACAAACCUGUAGUACAAGGAGAUGGGAUGCCGGCGGCUGCUGCCUGAGAAAGAGCGAGAGCAAAGUAUCCCCAGAGGCCAGCCGGCCAGGGAAUGGGCUGAGCUGUGUGAGCCAUGCAGCUGACCAGUCUGAGCAAUGUCAAUAAUACGUAGAUAAUAUACUUGAGAGCAAAUAGCUGUGCAGUGACUGGCUCCCAUUAUCUCCCCGGUGCACAUGCAUGUGCCCAGCUCUAUAGUUAACUCACUGACACAUCCCUCAAACAAUGUGCUGCCGCUGGCCGGAACUAUUUGACCGUGGGACAUUUAAAGAGGAAGAGCUGCCUCCACUUGUGUCUCCAAACUUGUGUCCCAGCUGCUGUCACAGGAGGUACUUGUCACAAGAGGUACUGUUCCAUUCCCCCCCUCACAGCUCCAGCAACUUCCAUUAAAGACAAUCCUUGCUCCUGCACAGCAAUAGACUGACUCCGGGGGGCUUCAUAAUAUGUUUGGCUGUGUGUCCUGCUCUCCUCUGUGCCAUGUAAAGAGGGACAUAUCCCAUAACAACACCAAUCAGCAUGGAGGCCACCAACCCCUUUGUGACAGUGCAAGCACCCAGUGAAUCUGGAGUUGGUAGUAGGGAGCAGGUAGGCUCAGCUGAACUCCCAGAUGGGGCUUUCCCCACUUGCCCUGUUUCGGAACCCUCUGAGGGGGCCGUAUGUGAAGGCACCCAGUGGUUGAGCAAGCAGAGGUCCCUGCGUGUGGUCUGUGUACUCAACGACAGCCCAAAGUCAGUGAUGGGGUGCAGCCCAGAGUCUGGGGCACUGUACUGCCUGCAUCGAGCCUGUGAGGGAGAAGGGGCACAUCUUAGUAUUGUCAACACUGGGGAGCUGGACUUUGGGGAGACUGCUGUUCUGGACACCUUCUAUGAUGCAGAAUAAGCGUACAAAAGAGGUUAUGGAUGCUUUCAUGGACAUUAGGAAA